AUGAGCCAACCAGCAAACAUCAACGCUCCCCGAAUGGUCUGGAUGUACGAGCCAAACUUGCCGCUAGCCAUCAUCGCAUCAAUUAUCUACGGAGCAUCCUUCAUCUACGGAGCAUCCUUCAUCUACAUAUUCUACUUGACCAUGAUACGCCAUCGGGCCUGGUAUUUCGGCUGCGUCGUCGCCGGCUCCUGGCUCGAGGUAUUGGGAUAUGUGACGCGGUGUAUCUCCAUCAAGCAGCCGACCCAGACAGCCUUAUUCGCCGUGACUCUCUCGUUCGUGGUUCUAGCGCCCGUCUUCUGGGUGCUUCCAGCUCGGCAUCAGCGCGUAUUCGGGGUCCAUGGGCGGCUGAUCACACGCGUGUUCGUGGGGCUCGACAUCAUAUCAUUCUUCGUGCAGAGCAGCGGCUCCAUCGUGGCCAUUGUGGUCAACUGGCAGGGGCCACGGGCGCAAACGGGCCUCAAUGUCCUUGUCGCCGGUCUGGCUUUGCAAGUGGCUGGAUUCUGCUUCUUUCUGGCUGUCUUUGCGAGGUUCCACUGGUUGGCGACGAGCCAUGCGGCACCCCACGCGCCGGCCGGCUGGAAGCAGGUUGUGGCGGCUGUCUACAUUUCGUCGUUUCUGAUCCUGAUUCGGUCUAUCUACCGAGUGGCAGAGUUCGCCGAGGGUGUUAGGGGGUACUCCUUCAACCACGAGUGGCUGUUCUGGGUGUUUGACGCUGUACCUAUGGUUGUCGCUAUUUCGGUCUUCUGCGUCUAUCAUCCCAGCACAUGUCUUGGGAGUGAUGGUUGGAUGGAGAGAGUCGAAGAAGACGGCGACCAAAAAGAGCUAGGCUCCUUUGGAACCAGAAGCCCCGUGGCUCCUGAGCAGACAUGA